CCAGUGGCCUCGAAGAAGACGCUUCAUUAAGUUCCCAGCCGCCUUGGUUGCCAGUUGUGUUUUCAUUCCAAGCCGCGUACUCCCACUAACGAUCGUCCAUAAUGAGUCCGACUCCAAUGGGAAGUGUCGCCCUCAGCCGAAGCAAAAAAGGGACAGGCAGGGGCCUGAAUCUUAACAGCAAAAUGGUCCACUGUCUGAUCCUCCUGGCGGCCUUUGUCCUGUUCGGCGCCAACUUGAACUACGCCUCCUUUCCACCUGGCACGGUCAUCGACAUCAAGCUGGGCGAAGUGGAUCUGGAGCAGUUCAGCUAUGUGCCUACUCGGGAUGGAUACGAAUUCAACUAUACACUGCCUGAUGGAACCUUCCGGGACGAAAUUGGCAAAGUUCUAAGCGGAACCUCUGCAGCUGCCGAUCUAGAGAAUGCCAACAACCUCGCCAAGAACCACCGUCCCUCCCGCGAACAGGGCCUGAAGGUGCGCAAGCUGUCCGGCAAGUCCCUCUCCUCUCUGGCCGGUUAGCCAGUACCUUUGAAAGAAGAGGCUUUCCUAUUAACCAUACAUCACGAAUUUAUUACAACAGUGUGCCAACUGUUUUAGGCUAGUGUUUAAGUUCAGCUGUUAAAUUUGCAAGCAAUAAAAACAAUCGAAUCAAACUAAA